AUGCAGGCCCCUGUUGUAUAUAUGAAUGCGUCUACAAAGAGAGAAACUGGACGUCAAGCACAGAUUUCUAAUAUUACCGCCGCCAAAGCUGUUGCUGAUAUUAUUAGGACAUGCUUAGGACCAAAAGCAAUGUUGAAAAUGUUAUUAGAUCCUAUGGGAGGUAUAGUCUUAACCAACGAUGGACAUGCUAUUUUAAGAGAAAUUGAUGUAUCACAUCCAGCCGCAAAGUCUAUGAUUGAAUUGAGUAGAACACAAGAUGAGGAAGUGGGAGAUGGUACUACCACUGUUAUUAUUUUAGCGGGAGAAAUCUUAGCACAAACUUUCCCAUAUAUCGAGAAGAACAUACAUCCAGUGAUUAUUAUCCAGGCGUUGAAACAGGCGUUGAGCGAUGCGUUAGAAAUCAUUCACAGCGUGUCAGUUCCGGUUGACAUCGAAAACGAUGAGGCAAUGAUUAAGUUGAUCAGAGCAUCGAUCGGUACCAAAUACGUCAACCAAUGGUCACAGAAGAUGUGUGAAUUAUCUUUGAAGGCAGUGAAAACCGUGCGUGUUCAAAAAGGCGACUACAAGGAAAUUGAUACCAAGAGAUACGCCAGAAUUGAAAAGUUACCAGGUGGAGAAGUCACCGAUAGUGAAGUGUUAGAUGGUAUUUUAUUAAAUAAAGACGUCACUCACCCAAAGAUGAAGAGACGUAUCGAAAACCCAAGAAUCAUAUUGUUGGAUUGUCCAUUGGAAUAUAAAAAGGGUGAAUCACAAACUAAUAUUGAAAUUACAAAGGAAGAAGAUUGGAACAGAAUUUUGCAGAUCGAAGAAGAACAAGUGAAGCUCAUUUGUGAUCAGUUAUUGCAGUUCAAGCCAGAUUUGGUGUUGACUGAAAAGGGUGUAAGUGAUUUGGCCCAACACUAUUUAUUAAAGGGUGGUGUUACUGCAUUAAGAAGAGUCAAGAAAUCUGAUAAUAAUAGAAUUGCCCGUGCCUGUGGUGCUACCAUUGUUAAUAGAAUCGAAGACUUGAAGGAAACUGACGUUGGUACCAGAUGUGGUUUAUUCAAUGUCGAAUUAAUCGGUGAUGAAUACUUCACAUACUUGGUCAAAUGUAAGGACCCUCAAGCCUGUACCAUCUUAUUGAGGGGUCCAUCGAAGGAUAUUUUGAACGAAAUCGAAAGAAACUUGCACGAUGCCAUGGCCGUUGCCAAAAAUGUGAUGUUCGAGCCUUCGUUGUCUCCAGGUGGUGGUGCGACAGAAAUGGCUGUCAGUGUUAAAUUGUCCGAGAAAGCAAAAACUAUUGAAGGUGUUGCUCAAUGGCCAUACCAGGCUGUUGCCGACGCUUUCGAGGUUAUUCCAAGAACUUUGAUCCAAAACUGUGGUGCCAACCCUAUCAGAAUCUUAUCACAAUUAAGAGCUAAGCACGCUAAAGGUGAACACUCCUUCGGUAUUGAUGGUGAUUUAGGUAAGGUUGUUGAUAUGAACGAGUACGGUAUCUGGGAACCUGAGGUUAUCAAACAACAAUCUAUCAAAACCGGUAUUGAAAGUGCGUGUUUAUUAUUGAGGGUUGAUGAUAUCGUUAGUGGUGUUCGUCAACAACAAUAG